AAUCGGCUAUCAGUCAAUAGUACCCUCCCGAUUUCGACCAGGACCAGAAUAAAACCAUUAUUAUUAGUUGAGGGUUCUGAUUACAAAUGGUUUUCAGGUUUUGGACGAGCGUUUGUGCUGAAAUGUCUGGAUAACGGCCUGAUAGUGUUUGCCGGCUGUCGGACCGUAGAGGGUGUGAAAUCGCUGACGGAGGAGUGCAACGGACGAGGUGGCAAUUUGCAUGCAUUCGAAUUGGAUGUCACUUCCGAUGAAAGUGUUCAGAAUGCAAAGAAUUACGUCGAGGAGCAGCUACAACGCGCUGACAAAAGCUUGCAUGCAAUCGUGAAUAAUGCGGGAGUGCAAUGCCAAUGCUUCUUCGACGAUAUGCUGUCGAUUGAGGAUUACAGGGAUGCGAUGGAGGUGAACGCGUAUGGUGUAAUUCGCGUCACAAAAGCGUUCAAACAAAUGAUCAAGCGCAACAAAGGUCGAAUCAUCGUUUGCACAAGCUCAUCUGUUCGCUUUCCAUCACCUGGCCUUGGCCCAUACACAUUCUCAAAAGCGGCUGUCAACGGAUAUUUGCAGGUUAUCAGGCAUGAGUUACGGCCUUUUGGCGUAACAGUAAUCACCAUUGAGCCGGGCAUAUUUCGAACACCGAUGAACGAUAUUCCAAAAAUGAUGAGGAUGAUGAACGAUAUUUGGGCAAAGACAGAUCGUGCUUUGAAGAAGGAAUAUGGCGAGUACUGGUUCAGUCGCGGGAAACGAAUUUAUAUAAAAUUACGUGAAGGCGCUCCGGAAGACCUAACAGCAGUGGGAGAUGCUUAUCUGCAUGCCGUAUUAGCGAAAUACCCGUAUCGCAAUUAUUCGGUUGGCCUUGACGCCUGUCUUCUGUACGUCGAAUUUGAUCCUUAUUCAAUACCGGCCAUUUUCAUGGUUACCGAUCAGGCUACAAGAAACUGUGAUGCAAAUACUUCAGUGGAUGAUAGGCGCUCCAAUUCCGGAUAUUCUCGAUCCCUGACUUUCUGA